GACACCGACCAGGUGUUCUGCAAGUGAACUCAGUCCUGACGCUGUUUAUCUGGAGACAGCGUCAGAUCUCACAGGUUAUGGGCUCAGUCCCACAAGACUGCCCCCCACUAAAGAUGCCAGUUGCACAUCCAGAGUCUGUGCAAGGGAAUAGAUCCUGAGGAGGCCCUAGAGGAGCAGGACGCAUCCCGGCCUGGCACCAGCUCACAGGGCCCGUGAGCAGAGAGGCACAGGCGAGCCUAACGGGGGGCAGGACGCCACCGGCAGCUGCUCAGCAUGGAGAGCCGGGCCGGCGUGGCGGCCACCCCCGGAGCGCUGCCUUACUACGUGGCGCUCUCCCAGCUGCUGGGCCUGACGGUGGUGGCCAUGACCGGUGCGUGGCUCGGCCUGUACAGGGGCGGCAUCGCCUGGGAGGGCGCCCUGCAGUUUAACGUACAUCCGCUCUGCAUGGUUAUAGGCCUGAUCUUCCUGCAGGGAGAUGCCCUGCUGGUUUACCGUGUCUUCAGGAAUGAGGCCAAACGCACAACCAAAGUCUUGCACGGGCUGCUGCAUGUCCUCGCGCUCAUCAUCGCCCUCGUGGGCUUGGUGGCGGUGUUCGACUACCACCGGCAGAAGGGCUACGCUGACCUGUACAGCCUGCACAGCUGGUGUGGCAUCCUCGUGUUUGUCCUCUACUUCAUGCAGUGGCUCGUGGGCUUCAGCUUCUUCCUGUUCCCUGGAGCUUCGUUCUCGCUGCGGAGCCGCUACCGCCCCCAGCACGUCUUCUUUGGCGCCACCAUCUUCGUCCUGUCUUUGGGCACAGCCCUGCUGGGCCUGAAGGAGGCGCUGCUUUUUAAACUUGGGGCCAAGUACAGCACGUUUGAGGCUGAGGGUGUCCUGGCCAACGUGCUGGGCUUGCUGAUGGCCAGCUUUGGUGUGACUGUGCUCUACAUUUUGACUCGCGCUGACUGGAAGCGGCCACCCCAGGCGGAAGAACAGGCUCUCUCCAUGGACUUCAAGACACUGACGGAAGGCGACAGCCCCAGCUCCCAGUGAUGGCCUGCCCUUGCCCCACCACAGGGAGGGCCUGGCUGGGGCUGGCCUCCUCAGUUCUGGGGGUUUGGAUAGGCUUCUUUCCCACGCCCCGUCGAGGCUGCCCAUAGGACCAGCGGUUCCUGGGGAGGGCUCGGCAGGGUGGGUAGGGAGUGUGGGGGCUGCGUUCCUGGGAACUUUGAGGUCUGACUUCUGGGGUGAAGGACUUGGCUUCCUCUGCUUUCCCUCCUUGCUGCUGCUUUAGAGUCCUGUCAGUCAUCCACCAACCCCUGCCCCUGUGUCACCAUCACCCGCCCCCCCCCAAAUCGAGAAGCUCUGGGUAGGGUUUUGGGUGGUCAGUCCUGAUUACAAAAGCACAGAUCCCUAAAGGCGUAGAGUGGCUCUCCUCUUGAAGCAGCGGAUGCUGGGCCGCGUCCAGGGGCUGCAAAGAGCACAAAGCUGUGGGAGAAACUGGACCUUAGUGACAGGCCUGGCGAGGCCAAGACUUGCUUUGUGUAACACUGAAUGCAAAGCAGGAGUCUCGCUAGUCUGAAUAACACGUGGUGAGAAUGGGUCUAGGCUUUGGCAGCCGAGCAAGUGAUAUUAUGUAUAAAAUAUGUUGGUGUUCAGGGCAGGGUUCCCCCGGAGAGGGGAGGGACGGGCCCCUGGGAAGCUGUGGAGAUGUGGCUUUGGCCCCGUCUGCGCUUUGCCUUCCCUUUCUUCAGUCCUCAGCCCCGGGACGACUCUACUGGGAGGGGGAUGGGCCACAGGUCUGAGACAAACUGUACUUGGUGCUGAGGGCGACAGGGGAGGGCGGAGAUGGCCCCCUGGGUGGUGGGUGGGCUGUCCUGCAGCUACUCCCGCAGGGUCCCCACCCUCACCAGCUGGCUUAGGCGCUGCUCUGGCUCUGCCCUGAGGCCAAGGGCAUGGAUCUUUUUUUUUUUUUUUUUUAAACAGAAGGCUGCUGCUGUAGUCUUAUUCCCGCUCAGCGGGGAAGGCAAGGCUGCCUGCUCGUGUUCUGGAGGAAAGCCUCAUCCCUUUACCUGGGCCCACUUUGCAGGAAGUUGGGACUGAGUUGGAAUCGGGUUAAUCCCCCAGCUGCAUAAGCAGGCUGUGCUGCCUCCUGAGUCACUCUUUGGCUUCAGUCUCGAAGUAACAGUAACGUGAUUAGAGCAUUGACCUUGUGCUUCUUGGACUUGGUGAAUGCUCUCUUCUUGUUUUCCGGGCUUUGAGGAACAUGACCCAGUUUGAGACAGACACAGUUUACUGACAUGAAGAAAUGAAUGAGAUUUCCAAACCUGACUACUGUUCCUUUGACAGUUGCCUUUUUCUCACUCAGUGCUGCCUUAGAGAAUGGGGCUGGCCUCCUCCAAUCCUCCAAUUCUCAGAUUUCUAACUCUCGACUUUGGCCUUGGGCCCUGCCUCCGGCUGCUGCCACUUCUCUGAGCAGGUGGCUGGGGUCCGGAGCUCCCCCCCUCCCCCGCAGGGCUGCCCAGUCCCCUCUGAGCCUCUCCCCACCUCCCCCACCUCCGCUGCAGCUUGCCUGGACAGACUGGGUGUUCGCCUGGUUACACCGUGCUCUCUGCCAGGGCCUGGCUCACGCUGUAUAGCCAGAUAGUUACACGUGGAGAAACGCCCCCUUGGACGAACUACCAAAGUACAAUUGUGUGUCUCCCUUGCCAGAUGCCACAUAGAGAAACGGAACCUUAGAUUUGUAGUCAAAAUCUGUAAACUGGCCGGCUUGCCGAAGCGUAUGUUGGAUGAUUCAGGAAGCCCCCUGCAAGCUGAUGCAUGGUGGUUUAUUUUACUUUGCCUGUGGCCAGUCUUCUGUGAAGUACAAUGUAGCAUUGGUGUAACAGAUGAUUCAAUAAAUGUCUACAGCAGAUC